AGAAGGAAAAAACAACAACAACGCAUUCUUUUCUUCUUGCACCCUUGACGCACGACAUCAAUUAUCUUGUGUUUUUUUUUUUACACGCAAUUGCGGUGCCGCAGUCGAAAAAAAGAUCGCCCAAAGCGACUCCAUUACGUUCUCUUCGCCUUCUCUUCUUCAUUCCCUGUGUGGAGCGGCCGACCCACCCCAGUCAACGGCCAACAGGUAAAACAAACAAACAAAAACUCUCAGCUAGCAGCGACCACAACCACCUCCACACCAACCCAACUUCUUUAUUUCUUUUCUUUCACGAUGAGCUCGACGAGCCAGCAGCCUGCGGCGGCCCCUAGCGGAAACAAAGUCACCUUCCGCGUCAUCCUCACCUCGGAGCGCAGCCAGCCCUUUCGUGUCAUCAGUAUUGCCGAGGAGGCCCCGCUGACGGCGGUGCUGCGCUUCGCCGCGGAGGAGUUCGGGAUUGCCUCGGUGGACUCUAUGGCGGCCACCACGAAGGACGGGACUGGCAUCAACCCGGCGCAGACGGCGGGGACGGUGUUUAUGAAGUACGGACAGGAGAUCCGCCUGAUCCCGCGUGAUCGCGUCGGUGCAUGCGUCGAAAACUAUUAG